AUGACGAAGACGAUCGCGCUGACACGAGAUGUGCUGACAAAUUUUUUGUAAGAGAUUCAAACGUAAUUGCGGAGCAAAAUUUUCUAUUUUUUCAGAGAUCGCCCAAUUACAAAGAGAUUCAUGGCAAAGAUUCCGUCAAAUCAGCGCUUCUGUCUUUCCGAAGUGUGCUCGAGAAAGAUUCCAGCUUCCGCGCCGAGGAAGACACACUAUUGGGCUCAGAAGAACUGUCUUCCGAAUAAUUCAACCCAAAGUCGCCCAUUUGUUAUUGAUUAUUAAUUCCUUUUUUGUAGUUUACCUGUGUUUUCUAUUGUAAUAAACAUUUCUGCUUUCUAAACGGAAAAGGCAUAGUAAAAGUAAAACUAAUGGGCCAUGAAGGGAGCGGACGAGCGAUGGCUAAAGCCGGAUGGGCGUACGAUGGGUCAUCGAUGGGCCAUUCUAGAGGUCUUUGGUUGUUCCUUGUCAGUCGCCCAUCGGUUCGCACAUCGGUGGCCCAUAUUUCGCCCGUUGCAAUCUGCCUGUGAUCUACGGUUGGCGCAGUGGUAGUGCUCGCUCCACUGUUUUAUAGGGCCGGGUUCAAAACUUUUGACCUUGAAACUUGUUUUUCUAUCUUCGAACAUCAUCAUUUCUGUUCAUUUAAAAUUUUGCAAUCUUAGAGUUUUGUGAGACCCGUUUCGCUGCUGUCUUUCGAAACCAAAGUACGAAAACAUCUUAUCAUUGAACAAAACUUGAGCAUAAAUAGAGUAAAAUCGUCAAAACAACGGCGGAGAUAGGCGGCUUAUAAUCACUCAAAAACACACUCUCACUCUCAUUUUUUUUUCUCACUCUUCUUCAACUUUGAAAAUGACAAUUGGCAUACUUGUGAGCUCAAUUCCCUUUUUUCUACUAAUUUCUCAUCGAGCUAAUGGAUUUUCGGUGAAGGAGGAGGAGGAGGCGGAAAUUCCGGAAAAUUACAUUUCCGCCAAGUGCAUCAAGGAUAUUGCCGCGUGGAAAACGAGUUUCAAAGAGCUCUCGGCGGAGCUCCUCGCCUGCUCAAAACUGCAAAAUCCGUCGACAUGUGACACGUUCAAAAAACAAAUGUUCCACGACAAUAUUUGGGCCAUUUAUCGUGAGUUUAGCCCGAAAACCACAACAAAAAAAAAGCGUUAGUUAGUUGCGUCGUUCAGAAUUCGAUUCGUUCGGCAAGAUUCCGCCAAAUUUGCUGGGAUUCAAUAAAGUCUGGAUGGGCGAGUACGACGAGUGUCUCGAGGUGGACAAUCCGACCGACAGCGCCUAUCGGUGAGCGAGCGCUUUUUGGCUGAAAACUCUGCAAAUUUACGGGGUUGUUUUGCAGAACACAAUUCUGUUGGGCUCAUCUGAACCUUCCAAUCGGCCGCCUCAUGUCCAAGUCUGACGCAGUGGUGAGAAAAAGUGACGUAUCUUGACGGGCAGUGGAGAUAUCGAAAAACUGUCAACUGAUGAAAUGUUUAGCAGGAAAUUGUGUACAUUUUGUUAGUUGACAACUUUUUGGCAUCUCUACCGACAACUGAGAUAUAGCGUUUCGAAAGGGGGUCAUCUCUAAAACAUUGCAGAAGACAAUGUCGACGACGUGCGGUCCGGGCAGUAUGACAGACGUGAAAAUGAGCAUUUGUAUGCCGGCGUCGUGCUCCGAAAACGACCUCAAACUGGCGUUAAACCGUUUUUCGAUCUUGCCCAUCCCGAGAAUUCAAAAUGAAUCAAUGUCGCACGAAUUGGUGUGCGACGUCACGUGCCGGCCGCUGCGAUUCGAGCCCGACACGCUGUUUUGGGUGGCCACCGUACUCCUCGGCACUAUUGUCCUCUUCUGCGUCUUCGCCACCAUCGCCGACUAUUAUCACGAGGGAUAUCGCGACGAAAAGCACAAUAAUCCCGGCAACAAGUUGAAGUACUUCCUCGCGUUCUCAAUGUUGGCCAACGGACGAUCGUUGAUGAGAGUGUCGAAGAAUGCGAACAAUUUAAAGGGCGUCGAGUGUAUCAGGUGGAAAAAAGACCAAAAAAGCACAAAAACCGACAUUCUAGACGCUUGCAGAUUCCUGAGUUUCACGUGGGUAGUGUCCGGACACAUUUGGGGCGACUGGGAGGACGCCGACAAUCCGCUGAAGGUGAUCGACAUUCUGAAGACCCGCGACUACGAGAUCUGGAUCAACGCGUUCUUCUCCGUCGACACGUUCUUCUUCCUCUCCGGCCUCAUGCUCUCCUACUCGUUUCUGCCCAAAUUGAGCAUUCGGAAGGCGUUGAGUCCGGCCACGUGGCUCGUUUUCUAUCUGCAUCGCGUCCUCCGUCUCACGCCCGUUUAUUUCACCUAUCUGCUUUUCUACACCACUUACGGACCUAUGGUAGACACGUUUUUCGGGCAAACCAUGACCCCCUUUCCAUUUUUUCAGACAGAUUUCGGUCCGAACGAGAUUGUAAAGCGUCAGGAUAUGGAGAAUUGUCGAUAUUAUGGCUGGAAAAACUUGUUGUACAUUAACAAUAUCUACGAGCCGCGCAAAAAUGUGAGUUUACAAUAUCAAAAGCGCACGGAACCCCAGCCUUGGCGCAAUUCACGUGCGCUAAACAAGGCGCGUAACGCGUAAUUCCGGAGCCUCGUUGUCGAGUUUCUCAUUUCAAUUUUCCCCUUUUUUUUGCAUUAUCCCCAUCUUUUCAGAAGCAAUCAGUGUCAAAACUUAUGAUAAUGAUUAGAAAUGAAUUUAAAAAAAUGAAAUUUUAACUGCUUCGUCAUCAAUUUCGAAACGUUUUUUGUGAAAAUUACACAAUUUUUUCCGUUUGAAAUCGAAAAUUUGCCUCAAUUAUCUCAAUUCUGUAUAUUUUUCGACGGUUGAGCGCUUAAAAGAUGCGCAAUAAACUCCUUGUUGACUGGACGGUUCGAAUGCCAGUGUCCGAACUCGAUUUCGGUUUUUUUCAGUAGUUUUCGACAAAAUCCCUCAAUUUGGUGUCAAUUCUGAACGAAUCUGCUCCGUUUCGCGCUUAAAUCGAUGCUUUUAACUCAGACAAUCGCCCUACGGUUCGGAAAAAACAAAAUUUGAGUGUGUAUUAAGAGAAAAACCAAAGAAUUCUGGUUUUCAAUUGAAAAAAGAAAAUGCGAGUCGACGGUGGAUGCAAGCGCGCCCCAUUGACAACUCGCUUGCGCAUUGGAAUGCUGGGGUUCCUCCGUGACGCGCGUUUUCAUGGAACAUCGCUUCCAGUGCCUCUCAAUCUCGUGGUACAUGGCCUCGGACACCCAAAUGUACCUCGUUUCCCCGUUCUUCCUCGUCGCUUUUCUGUUGGGACCGAUUCCCGGAGUGAUUGCGGCUGUUGGAGUGAUUAUCGUUUCGACUAUCAUCAAUUACUGGCUAUUCUUCCACUACGACCUCCCUUUGACGCUUAUUCAGGCCUAGUGAGUGUCAAAACCAAUAAACGUCGGGGAAAAAAAAAUGGCUUCAGCAUGACCGGCGACGAGAAAAUCAUUCAUAUUGUGCAAGAUUUGGUCUACGCCGCCGCCUACAUCCGAAUUCCUCCGUUCAUCUUCGGAAUUGUGAUGGGAUACGUGUUGUGGAAGACUAGAAAUGUCAACAUUAACAUGAAUAUUGUGAGUUUCCCGCUUCUUCUUUUCGUCAAAAGUGCACAGUGUGAAUCUUGGAAUUUUCGUUCUCGCGCGCUCUUAUCAUCGCCCUCGCGCCCCCCGAGCUAAAAGUGGGUGUAUGGCGCAGUGACGUCGCUUUUGCCCAUCACACAGAGGCCGCCUCAGGUUCGAUCCCCGCGCUGGUCUAAUCGCUUUUGCAAGCGUUUUUUCAAUCAUGAAACCGUUGCAGGGAGUCGUGUUCGCCCUCUGGAUCAGCUCUGCCCUGCUGGCGUUGGGCUCAAUCUUCAUAAUCCACAAUUACAACAAGGGCGACUACUGGACGGUCAUGGAACGCGCCUCCUAUUAUGCGUUCAGCCGCAUCGCCUGGUCUUUCGCGCUUUCGUGGCUCAUUUUCGCAAUAAAUCGCGGUCAAUCGGGUCGGUGGCCUAGCUUUCUCCGGCGGUGGCCUAGCUUUCUCCGGCGGUGGCCUAGCUUUCUCCGGCGGUGGCCUAGAAACCCCCCAACUCGCUCGUUUUCAGGUCUAAUCGGCAGGUUUAUGUCGUUAAAGUUUUGGACGCCGCUGGGAAAACUCACGUUUUGCGCCUAUCUCUGUCACAUUCUAGUGGUUCACUCGAUUUUCAAUCUGGAACGUUCGCCGCCGCACUUUGUCGGCGCUUUUCAUACGGUACGUCGAAAAAGUGGAAAAAAUAUCUCAAAAAAUCGUGAUUGUACAGUAUCUGACAAAAGUGGUGCCGUCCGUGUUCGCCUCGUGCAUUUUCGCCGCUUUUUGGACGCUCUGGUUCGAGUUGCCGUUCGCCAAAUUGGAAGCAUUUCUGAUGACGUCACUGACGGGCGGCGGCGGCGGUGCGCGCCGAGACACGGAGAAGGAGAAGGAGUGCACGAAAAUUUGA